AUGGUGCGACUACGGUGGAGGCUCAACCUUCGAACCGCCUUGAUUCCGUUCUAUCUCAUCGCAAAGAUAUGCUGCCUUAACGCGUACACUUAUCAUCCUCUUGGUUCGAAAGCGAAAACAAAGCCGAAACGCGUGGCCGGACCGAAGGACCAAUCCAGCAAUCGAGUGUUGACGUUUUCGAUAAUUGGAAUCGUGCAUGUGGCCGGCUGCACCAUCGGGUACGCCUCGUACCACAUCCAGAGCUCCCUGCGCCAAUCGAGCAAAUUAACUGACUCCAACCUGGUACGCGUGGCGAUUGAUUUGAAGAACCAGUACAUCGGCUGCAUUUUGGUGCUGUUCCUCGCGACGACCUCGUUCAUCCGGCAGCCCGCACUGGGCCGGCUCAUUCGAGUGCUCUUCCGUGUCGAUGCCGCCAUUCAGACGCUUCGCUGGCAGCAUCCCCCACUGGGAGCGGCCGGGAUCGCAGCAAACAAUGCCACCUGGUUGGGAAACAUGCUACUCCUGCUGGUCAUCGGUGUUGGCGUGAAGGCAGUGCUCGAGGUGACCAACUGUCUCAUGUACAUCCAGGACAAUGGGUCCCCAUUCGGGACGAACUGUUUGGUGCUCUGUUUUGUGCCGCAGACGAUGUGCGUGGUCAGCGAGCUGCAGUACUGCGGGUACGCCUGUCUGAUCCGCAAUCGGCUCCAGUUGCUCAAUCGGCUGCUGCUGGAUCUACAUCCGGCCCUGGCCCGUGGUAAUGACGGUGCGUUCCGGGUAACGCAGCGUAUCACCGCGACACGCGAGCAGCUGCUACGGGCCAUCAAGUUACUGUCGUCGUCGUUCGGCCUCCAGAACACGGUCCUGCUGCUGUUCCAGUUCGUGACGCUCGUCGAGCUCGGUUACAACACGUGCAUGAUGAUUAUACGGUACGCCGAAUCCCAUGUCUCGCAGGGCGACAGUCUGGAAGACUUCUCCGAAACACUGUACUGGGUGUGCUGGUUUGCGUUGGAAAUAUUUGUCUUGUGUUACUUCAGCCACGUUACGAUCGAAGAGGCAGGUGGAGUUGCUGCCCAGCUGAACCUGCCAGCGGUGUACGGUCCAGCCGAACGCGAACACUUUGAAAUGGUGUCCUAUCAGAACAUGCGACUGUUUCAUGAAGAUCCUCGGUGCAGCUGUGGUGGACUGUUUGCCGUGGAUCUGUCGCUGCUUUAUGGGAUAAUCGCUGCCACGAGCACCUAUCUGAUAAUAUUGAUUCAGUUCGACCAAUCGUACAAUGAAUAG